AUGCGUUUUCAAUUCACUAGGCGGCAGUGGUCCACUAUUAUUGUUAUUUCGAUUGCAGAUUUUUGUAAUGCUAUCUGUGUUGCGUUGCAGGCGCCAUUCUUCCCUCAGGAGGCAGAAAACAAAGGAUGCACAGCAACAGAAUAUGGACUUGUUUUUGGAGUGUUCGAGCUUGUGGUUUUCAUAAUCAGUCCCUUUUAUGGGGCUCAUUUGAACAGGCUUGGACCUAAAGUAGUCUUCAACGCCGGAAUACUGACUACCUCAACAUGUGCUAUACUAUUUGGGUUGCUAGACAAGGUGGACGGUCACGUACCAUUCGUGACUCUAGCAUUUGCAAUACGUAUAGUAGAGGCUUUGGGUAAUGCGGCGUUUUUGACAGCUUCCUUUGCCAUCAUUGCCAAGGAGUUCCCGAAUAAUGUGGCUACUAUGUUUGCAUCCUUGGAAACAUUUUUCGGGCUCGGAUUAAUCGCUGGUCCAAUGAUAGGUGGGGCCCUCUACGGCGUUGGUGGUUACUCUCUGCCCUUCGCUGUACUUGGAGCCACGCUCUUUUGCACAGCAUUGUUAUGCUAUAUCAUUUUACCAAAGGCCUCCGACGAUGAAGAUUAUAAGCAUACAGGACCAUCGAUGCUAACUCUUCUCCGCGUGCCAGGAGUUCUGAUAGCUUCUUUAAGUAUAGUUUCAACUAGUAUGAGUAUUGGGUUCCUUCAAGCUACAUUAGAACCUCAUUUUCGACAAUUCAACUUCUCUCCAGUGGUUUUGGGUUUAAUAUUCGUGAUCAAUGGGGCUUUUUAUGCGGUAUCUGCACCAGCGUGGGGUUGGUUAUGCGACCAUCCCGCGGUUAAACCCAAAUAUAUUACCAGUAUUGGGCACAUGUUUGUCGUGGCCGCUUUCUUGUUAAUUGGCCCAGCACCGUUCUUUAAUAUGCCAACAAUACUGUGGGUGACAGUUUUGGGACUAGUGCUUCACGGUUUUGGAAUGGGAAGUCUCCUAGUGUCGUCUUUCUCAGACGCCUUAAGUACUGCUAUUGCAAAUGGCUUCCCAAACUCAAUAGAAACGUAUGGGUUAGUUUCUGGUUUGUGGACCUCGACUUUUGCCCUCGGAGCCUUUAUUGGUCCAUCUGUGUCUGGAGUACUUUUUGAUUCCAUUGGAUUCAGAAGUAGCACAGGGUUCAUCGUCAUACUACAUAUCAUUGUUAUGUUAAUGGUACUGGUGUACAUGUGGACCUGUGACCGCUCGAAGAUGGAUCUCUCAGUAUCCGCUGGAGACCUUUUGCAAAUGGAUGGGACUCUAGACAAGGGUGUGCUUACAGGGGAGGACUUUAUUCCCGCUGCUAGGCCUAAAAGUCGCCGCUAUGGCAUAAGCCUGGAGCGAUCUCGGCCUCCAGCGAUGAACAGUCUUAUCGCCUGUUCGAGUUAUAAGAACCGCCGUAGCCCCUGGAGUCAGCGUACUCCACGGUACAGGCCUUCCUAUGGCAGCUUGGAUACGAGGUUCAGAGGCACUGUGUCUAUUACAUAG